GCACCACCUCCGCCCCCGAAAUCAAAAAAAGGUUUUGCUGGAAUAGUUGGUGGGCUUCUUGCAAAGAAAGGGAAGCGUGCUCAUUCUUCGACGAGUUCAAGUGGUACAACAGUAAGCUCGCACAACAAACUUGCUAUGUACCAGGGUGUGCCAUGCGAUUACGAUGAAGACGAAGUGGAUUUUGACGUGCUCGGAUGGUGGAAGCGGAACGAACACAUGUUCCCAUGUCUCGGCAUGCUAGCAAGACAAGUGUUAUCCGUUCCGGUAUCAACCGUAGCAGUUGAACGAGAAUUCAGUGCUGGCGGCAACAUUCUAACCGACUUUCGAAGUUGUCUUAGCGCUGAAUCUCUUGAAACACUUGUUUGCAACCAAGAUUGGCUCUUGGCAAGACGUCGAGCUCAAGAGUCAACGUACCAACUCGAAUCGGAGCAUUACAUGAAUGCAACAACAGAUGGAAGUCCGAGUUCUGAAGAAUAAGUUAUAAUUUUUUUUGUUAAUGUAAAUAUGUAAUUAGUUUUUUUUAGCUGAGCGAUAUAUAAGCUCCUUCGAGGGUUUCUUUACAGUUCUUUACCUCGUCGCUUUUUUUGAACCGUCAGGAUAUUAAAUGUGGUUGUUCUUC